AUAUUUUGCCAUGUUUCGCAUGUCUUGAAAAAAGAAGAAAGAAAAGGAAAAAUGGUUUUUUCGGUAAAAAAGGCCGUCGAGCCGCUGCUUCGAUUCGUGCGAGUUCAGCUGUACAUCGUCGCCUGGUCGAUCAGCUGCGUCUCGGUCAUCCUGAUCUUCCUGUUUCCUACGAUCGGAGCUAUACUCCUGUCGCCGGCGUUAUGUCAAAAGUAUCGCGAUGAGAUCGCGUCGUUUUUGGAGAAGCACAACACGAAACUCUUGGAGCUGUUCGGCACGAGGUUCGUCGUGUACGGCGACCCGAUCAAACGCACCGAUUCGGCCCUCCUGAUUUCCAAUCACAGGACUUUGGUCGAUUGGGAUCUCUGCUCGGCGGCGACCCAUCAGCUCUUCAUGCCUCUGUCCUACGCCAACAACCUCAGGAUCGUCGCGAAAGAUCAAGUGAGACGCUUGCCUGUCUUGGGUGCGCUCGGACAAAUGAGGGGGGCGAUUUAUCUCAAGCGCAACUGGCAACUCGAUAAGGACACGUUCGUCGAGUACCUGGACUAUCAUCGGGAGAUCGGCAAGAAGGUGCAGAUACUGUUCUUUCCCGAGGGCACGGACUUCACGGAGAAGAGCAGGCGCAACUCGGACAGGUACGCCUCGGAGCGCGGACUGCCGCUCUAUCGGCACGUGAUCCAUCCGAGGACCACCGGAUUCGCCAACGUCGCGCUCUACUGGCAGCAGAUCGAUUGCCUCGACGCCAUCUAUGACCUGACCUUCGCUUAUCCCGAUCUCGAGCCGAACCCAUUCAAGAGAUUUCUCUGCGGCCAUCUGCCCUACGAGAUACACGUGUACGUGCGGAGAUUCGACAAGGAGGAUCUGCCGCGCGACGAGAUCGGUUUGAAGCAUUGGCUCCAGCAGAGGUGGAAGAUCAAGGAGGAGUCGCUGACGCGAUUCCACGAGGACAAACGCUUCGACUGUCCAUGCAGGAGCGAUGACGACGGGACGCCUCUGACACUGUGUUUUAUCCUUUGGUCAUUCUCGUGCUUUGUCGUAUUGAUGUUACUGAUAAAGUCGCUGCUUUUUCAAAUCUACGCUGUUUUCCUCUUCGUCACCGUGGAGAUCGUGUCUUUUACUGUCGGUUUGGAUAGACUCGAAGUGAACUGGUAUUGGAGACGGAAAUCAAUUUUGUCGAAAUUACAGUCGAAUAAGAACAAACGAGCUGCAUGAACUUAAUUUUGCAAUUAUUGUCCACAAGGUUACCAUUGCUGGGAUGAAAGUCUAUUUAUAGUUUUAUGUGAAAACAGGAUUUUUUUACUACGCGUUCUGCUCUCGAGAGUUUUGACCUAGGGCAACUAUACUCAAUAGGGAACUUGGUCAAAUUACAAAUAAUCGUAUUAUCAUUUCAUCACCUUUCCCUACUUUUCUACUUUGGAGCUUUUGACUCGG